AUGCCGCUCGACAAUGAACAGAUGCAAGUGGUCGAGGCUCCGAUCAAUUGCCACAUCCGCGUGCUGUCCACGCCCGGCGGGGGCAAGAGCUCCGUCCUUGUAGCCAGAGUGGUCCAUCUGAUCGAACACUGUCACGAGGACGCCAGCUGCAUGCGCAUCAUGUCCUUCUCGCGCCAAUCCGCGGCCGAGGUGGCUUCCCGCCUCCCGGAAGGGGUCCGCUGCUCGACAAUCCAUUCGUUCUGCAGCGAGCUUUCCUUCCGGCUUGAGCCCACCUUUGAGGAUCCCGAGCGGUGCCUCAUCGGGGCCGAACGACUCGCAGCAGACGAGGAGGAUGCCGCGCGAGAGCUCUUUAGCCCCGACGAGUUCCUCUUCCGCCUCCGUGACCUGUUGACCGCUGGGAAGUGCAAGCACGACGACGUCGAUGGCCUUCGCUUCCUCUUUGUUGACGAGAUGCAGGACCUGUGCCCCGUCCAAUUUGAUGUCAUCAGGCUCCUGAGCGAGCUCUUUGGGGUGCGGGUUUUCGGAGUGGGUGAUAGAAAUCAGAACAUCUAUGGCUUCCGGAGCUCCGAUGCAAGGUUUCUGGACGAGAUGGAGAAGCUCCCAAGUCAUGAGUGCAUAUCCUUUGAGCUGACGCGCAACUACCGCAGCCUGCCACCCAUCAUCUCCUUUUCAAACGCGCUCGUGGAGGGGAGAAAGCGGAUGGUUGCUGCGAGGUCGGCAGAGCUUGAGGCGGCACCAACCCUGACUUGCUUUGAGCACCAGGGCCAGGAGCUAAGCUGGGUGGUAGAACAUGUGUGCAAGCGGCCGGCAGGGGACCUUGCAGUCAUUGCCAGGACGCGCAGGGAGGUCUUCCUCCUCGCGCACAAGCUGGUCGAGAGGGGUGUUCCCAACAAAGUAAUUGUCACAGAGGGGGACUCUGCAAAGCUCCUCAAGGACUCUGAGAGCGUGUCACUCUGCACGAUGCACGGCUCCAAGGGCUUGGAGUGGCCUGUGGUCUACUUGGUCGGUUUGAAUGACCGCCACAACAAGUCCUUGCUGACAAAGGUGGAGCAGGAGCAGGAGGACAACCUGCUGUUUGUUGCAACCACCCGGGCCCGAGACGAGCUGCACAUCACCUCUCCUUACGGAACCGUCAGCCGUGUCAUCUCACGGGUGCCUCGUGAUCUCUUUCUGAGCACUCCCCCAGACAAGAGCAGGGGGGUUGUGAAGCCAAGGUUCUCGGAGGGGGGGCGCGACCCGUACGUGCGAAGCGAUCGCUCAGUCUCGAGCUUUGUGCAAUACUGCAGUGGUGCGCUCUACCAGCAGAUGAAGGAUGGUGGCCUUCUGCCCCGCCGCUUUCCUGGUGCGCGCAUCGAGAGGCUCCAUGCUGCGCACCCGUUUCCCAAGGCAUUUGAGGAUUCAAAGGCACUGUACGGGUCGAUCGUGGAGCGCGUCAUCUUCAAGCAAGUGGACAAGCAGGUCAGGGAACGUGCAAUCCGGGCGGGUGGUUCUUCGGACCUGCUUCACAUGCGCAGUCAGGACUCCCACGCGAGCCGCUGCUUCCUCUAUGUGAGGACGGACCGCCUCACCUGGGACACGCGUGCGGCUACAGAGGAGGAGCUCCGGGUUCAAAAGGAUGCACUGGCCUCCGAGUUCGGGCUGACUGCCGAGCACGUCAGGGAGUACGACAUCAGGUCACAACCUGCCUACGUCGGAUCCAAGGGCGUCCUCUACGCUCAGCACGCUGACGAGGCGCAUGCUCGGGCCUUUGACGGUCGGAUCAGGGGCAUCCGAGAGUCGUACAAGCGAUACAUCAAGAAUGACGUUGAUCUGGGAACAGAGGAAGGCCUCCGCGUGAUCUCGGAUGUUGCAACCUGUGCACACAUCUGUUCCGCCCCGGCAAGGACGCACCUGCUCUUCAAGCGGCCUGCUUGUGGCAGUCUAGACAUGGACUCCAAUUUGGGGCUUCUCCAACAAACCGCAAAGGUGGUCCGCAAGCCGUUAGGACCCCAUUUUGACAAGCAUCCGCCUCAAGUGAUUACGUCUCCACCAGACAUUGCAAAAUCUCCGUACAUGCUGCGCACUUUUGGAGUAGCAACGGACCUUGACAUCUCUAUUGAAGCAGUUAAGGGGAUCUGCGACCUGGUAAUUGGCACGACCAUGGUGGAGAUCAAGGCGUCAAUGGAGCCCGGUGGAGUGCAGAUUGGCUGGGUGUUGCAGGCGCUUCUCUAUGCAGCGCUGGCACGAGAGAGGGGGUUGGACAUUCAAGAGAUCGCAAUCUAUAAUCCAUUAAAGGGCUUUCUUUGGCGAGCGCCGAUCAGCGAAUGGACAAAAGGGCCAGAGCUAUUGAGAUUGGUCGCAGAGGAGACCUCAUCACAGCCGAUCCGCGAGCUCAUUCCCAGGUAUGCCAACAUGGCCCUUGACCUUUGCAAGAAUUAG